AUGAAUAUAUUACACUUUUAUCUGUUAGGAGUUGUUUUACGUGUAUCCAGUCAUAGAUUUGUUUACAACAUAACACAUUAUACAUUCAAGUCAUCUGGAAAUGCAUCUUAUAAUAUAUCUGAGAAUUUAAAUGGGAAACAAUUUUUUAGAGAUGUUAAUAUGUCGUUUCUAAAAUCUUGGAUAAAAGAUCAGAAUACAAACUUUUCAUUAAACAUUGAACUAGAAAUCAACACAGAAAAUAGAACGCUUAAUUUACAUUCGAAAGAUUAUAAAACGAAUAUUAAUAUUGAAGGAACGAAGUUCCCAAAUAAUCCAUGGUCUCACUUGAAUCUUUCCAGUUUACCAUCCAUGAUUAACGAAUCUGAUUAUCACACAGAUCAUCCACAACAUAAGAAAAGUGUUGAACUUACGGAGGAAAAGUUUGAAACAAAACUUCAAGAAGCAGCUAAUGCUAGUAAUCACAUCAAAGAGUUUCUUGCUGAAAAAAAUAUAACGAUUAACUGGUUAUUUAUAUGA